CUUUGGCAGCCAGCUAUACCGCAGUAUUACUGGUUGCAUAGUAUCUCAGAAGAAGUUAGGUUAUAUUUAUUUUUGUAUUUGUCAAAAGUUGUCAUCACUUUUGUCAAAAUUCUAAACAAAAAUACUUCAAAAUGUUAAAAUCAUCGAUUUUUCAGGAAACUAAGCAUUAAAAAUGGGAGGAUUUUUAAUAUUUUUACUUGUAAUUUUUAUUAUAUUCUUAACGAUAUCAUGGAUUAUCCCAUGGAUUAUUUCAUGGCAUUUUGAGAGAAAAUAUAAUAUAUCCCUGAAUAUAGGAAGAAUUGGCUUACCAUAUUUGAAGCUUUGUGAUAUAAAUCUAUCAAAAAAUGGUUUUAAUAUAGUAAGCUCUAAUUGAUUCUAUAUGAAUGUAGUCAAAUUGUAUCCUUUUUAGCAAAUUAAUGAAAUAGGGAUUAAAAGCAGUUUCCUGAACUCUGAACUGACAAAAUUAGUGACUCUGGUAGUAAAAGAUGUUAGAAUUAACAAGGACCUUAGUGAGAAAAGUUUGGAUAAUUACAACAGUAAUCAUUCCAUUAGCGAAGUUAUUGACUUUCGUGAUAAGAAAGUGCCACACUUCAUCAAUAGUUUUGCUCAGUUUAUGUCUGUAUAUAUCUACAAUGUCUCAGCAUUAUUCUUGAAACGCUCAACAUCUCCUGGUUGCUUAAUCCAUGCUGCCGCUAGUGAGCUACAUUUAGAUGGCAGCAUUCUCAAAAAUGCACGAUCCCUUCUAGUGACAAUGAAUCUGAUAGAUGCAGAAAUAAAAGUUCUUGCACAUGCAGAUUAUAAUCAGAAAGAAGCUAGACUUGCUGAGUUUAGCUUUGGCAUGUCUGUGGAGACUGUCUUGGUAGCUCAGGGACCUUUAUCGGUCGAGAAGCUGGAUGUUAAAAUGUCUUGCACAAGUGUUAUCAUAAACACCGGCUUCUAUAAUUUAGCUCAUCAAGGGUCUAAGAAAACUGAAGUAACUACCCCCUGUAGUUACUAUAAAGAUGAAGAUAUUUUUCAGAGGAUUUUACCAGUUAUACCAAAGAACUGCUCCUUGCAUAUAGAUGAUACCUCACUUAGGGGCAUCAAAGAUUCCAGUAAAAUAGAGUACAGUUCAUCCCUCAAGUCUUUUGCACUCAACUAUAGGUCAGUGUUGUUGGAUGAAAAGAACAGUGCUACUGGUGGAUCAUCAGUUUUGUUGAACUUUUUCAUGUGUGAUCUUCUCCUGCAAAACAGCAGGGAAAAGUUGAUAGAAAUGAAACAUUUCAACAUAGAUGCAAAGCUCAAGAAUAAUAUAGUAAACAUAUACCUCCAACAAAAUUCACUGCUACUGAUGUAUGAUCACAAUAUCAUCCAUAAAUGGGUGUGUACCAACUUUCCAAAACUUCUUCCUUCCAUGAAACUAGAGGCUUCCAGAAAAAUUUCACGGCAAUCGGAUUUUUCAAGCUCAUUGAGUCACCAACACAGUUCAGCUGUCGAAAGGCUGGUACAGAAGCUUUCUAUAAAUUUUUGUGCAGAGCUGUGUCAGGUCCUAGCUGUGGUUAAGCUGAACGAACAGAAUUCUUCUGUUGGUUUCAAUAGGAUUAGAUUGAUGUUAGACCAAUCGCAAGACAAAAGAGGAUAUCCAUAUUCCUCUCGCGUACUCCACUACCUCCUAGGGGACAGACACUGGACAGCAGACUUGUUGAUAGAAUCUCUGUGGUGGUCUUUUAGAGAAUGGAGUCAAGAUGCAAACGUUUCUAAAGUGAUGCAUGUUUGGGGUACUCCAUUGUAUCUUGGCACUGGUUUAGUCAAAGUGUACACCACUGACAGCGUGGAAAUUAAAGUCGGCGUACUUUUAGACACGAUUCAGUUAGAGUGGUCGUUGAAAUUGGCUGAUUAUGUUUUAACAGCAUUGAGAUCAUUUAAACAGUUUGGGCAGAUUGAUAUGAAGUCUGUGUCUCCAAAACAUGUAGAGAAAAGACCUAAAGAUAUACACAACUGGAGCUUUAACAUAGUCGCUACACAUGUUAACUUCUUUCUGCAAUCCCAAAAUCAAGAAUACUUUGUGUUCAGGUUGAACACGAUAAACUUGGACAAGUUCCCGAACGUAACUACAAUGAAACUAGAAGAAUUCAAAAUGUUCAGUUUGACAGACACUGGCGACUAUUACACAUGCAUCAGAACCGAGGAUAUUUCCAACUACAAGGCUUUCAUCAAAAAUAUUCACAUGGAAAUAUUGAGAAAGAACGAGAACCACGUUAGAGAAAUGAGCAUUUCCUUUUUGGAUACGAUAACGACAUACUGGUCUACAAACUUUCAUAUGAAGGCUUUUCUGUUGGCGAGAGAUAUUUCGGAUUUCCUUUCAGGUGUUAAAGAAGAAAUUGGUUUGGUGAAAAAUGAUUCGAACAGGUCACAUAGGGCGGUUUAUAACAUGAACAUUUUGGGAAUGUUUGAGUUUCAUAUCGAAAUUAACAAGGAACAUAAUGCCAAAAUUGCCCUAGAUGAGUUGCGAUGGACAAGAAAAAUCCACAAACACCCCCAACCUCCAGACAUGAACCUCACUACCUCCCUGCGUAUAUCCAUCAACGAUGACGAAAUUUUCACAUUCAGCGGCAUCGAGUUCAAAAGAAUCCACGAGCACAAGCAAAUCAGGGCUGAGCGAUCAGAUGCCGAUAACACCUUCGACCUGCCUUUCAACAAAACUUGGGGAGUUUCGAUUGAUUUGUUCAAAGCUGUUUUUCCGCACGAGCAUAACUUUGCGGAAGCGUAUCAGAAUCAGUUUGUGUCGAUUUUUAAGUGGUUGAAAAUUGUUCAUGGAUGGAAAAAGGAUCGGAGCGUAGAGCAGCCGUUGCCCAGUGAUUUGAUGAUCAAUAUAAAAGAAUUUUUGUUUGAAAUGAGCGAUGAUCCGUUUGAAGUAAAAUUGAGAGACAACUUUGAGCUAUUAGAAGAUGAAUAUAAUGAAAGUUUGAAGAGACAGAAGAUGCUUAAAGAAAAGAUUUCUGAUUUACUCAAAACACAUCUUCACAUGCCAGCUGGAAAAGUAGAAGAACUUUAUGCGACGCUUAAAAAGAAAAAUGCUGAAAUAUACGUGCAGCGCUCUAAAUUGAUGUACAAGGCUGCGCCUCCAAGAACUAGACUAUUUGCUUGGACGAUGACAGAUGUGGAAAUAUUGAUUCUAGCAGAUCCUACGAUCCACGGUACGGAAAAGGUAAUAAAUAUAAUGCGAGAAAUAGAUCACGAAACUCCGUGGCCUGAAGAGCCAAUCGAUUUUUCUACAUUGUGGUGUCGGGUUGUCUCGUUGAGAUGUACAGAAUGGAAAUUCGUACUGAGAGAUUUUCCGCAGCCUUUGAUGGAUAUUAGAAAGUACUACGUGUAUGGACAGCUCGUGGGUGCCGAACAGUUAGCACCAAAGAGAGCUAUAAGAACAGUAGCCGUCCACCUGGGAGAACCCUUCGAUCCUUACGUCAUUGAAAGAGGAAUGCUGCCAUUGAAAUUCUACCACGAUUUCAAUUGCGGAAUAGAAUCGUUCAGCUAUGCGUUUGGUCCCUGUUGGGAACCCGUUAUAGCCCAGUGCAACUUGAGUUUUAGCCAGAUAUCGGCCCCUUCGAGAGAUCCUUCACCACCUCUGACCUUCUGGGAUAAAAUGCGUCUAUUGUUGCAUGGCAGAUUAACCAUGGAAGUGAAACAGUUGACCGUUCUAUUGCAUGCUUCUUUAGAUCCUUACAAUACCACCGAGGAAAUGGCAAUCACUUGGGAGGGUGUAGCCAUGGACUGGACAAACGCGAAAUUCGUUUACAAAGGAGACCUUAACGUUUUCGUGAGAACAGCCUCAAAGUACGAUGAUGUGCAACUUCUCAAAAUUCCGAAUUUGAAACUGAUCUUAGGAAUCCAGUGGGUUUGUUUAGGUGAUCCAAAUGAUCAUCACAGUAUUAUUCAGUGCGCUCCGGAUAAGAUACCAGAAUACUCCAGUAAUCAGGUCCACGAUUCUUUUAGAGCAUUUCGCUCUCAAAACGUAAACUUGAGUAUAGUUUUGGAAACGAAACCGGUACCGAAUGAACCGAAUAGCCCACCGCUUUUGUUGUUAUAUGGCAGUACCCUGAAGUGGAUAGAAAACUUGAAACUCAUACUUUCAGGAGUCACUAGACCCACAAAACGAGGGAAAAUAUUCAAAAACGUUCGACCUAGAAAAGUGCAACUCAGUAGACACUACAGAAAGGUGCGACUUCUGAUGGGGCUCCACAAAUUCCAGGUGUUUUACUGGAUGUCAUUUUCGAUGCAAAGAGGUUGCGAAUUUUUUGGUGGCAGGUUGUCCUCUAGCUCAGAGCAUAUGUUAUCACUCAUACCUUUGGAUGAUGGCUUGAAACAUCGCCCCAAAGCCGAAUGGUCGGUUGUAUAUAUGAAUUCGGAGUUGAACGAUUUUGAAGUGUGGUUAAAAAGCGCGUACCAUGAUGAGUUCGACACGGAGACUCCCUCUUCACCUAAACCGCCUGUUGAGAAGUGUUAUUGUCUUUCUGUUGCUAAGGUGUCAUAUGGUAGAGAAACGGCUUUCCCAAGUCAGCCAGGUGGCGAGAGAAAUAAAGACAUGCCGACCCACAAAUUGGUCGUUUAUGACUUACGAGGUGCUUGGACUAAGAGCAACAGGAACGUUGCUUUUGCUCUCUUUGAUACCUUCAUGAAAAAUACUAGACUCAAGAAAAAUCUGUCGACAGAUGCUCUCAAAUUUUUUAGAAAAGAUAGCACAUCAACGCCGUUGAAGAGAAGAAAUACUGACGCUUCGGGUACUCCUACCAAUACAGCCAUCCAGACUAUUCAGACAUCAUCUGCGGUUCAAGACUCCUCUUCACCAAUGAGCAAGUUGCAAUCCGGCCACGCGGCGAAUAUGCUUCAACAGUUGAUUGCAGAAGUUGACAAUAACGCCGUAGUUUACAGCGACGACCUGUCAGCUGUCUCGAGACAACCGCAUUUGCAAGGACUACAGGCAUGUCAGGAGGACGACGUGAUGCACAAAAACUGGCAAAUUACAUUAGUGAACGCUCAGGUGCUCUUAAAAGGUUGUGAGACAAAAGGUUAUAUAAUUAUAAGUGCAGCAAAGGCAGAAAUUAUCCAAAGAAUUCACAGACCGGCGUGGAAGGACAGAACCUUGGUGUCAAAGACUACCUGGGUUGGAAGUCUUGAAUGCAUGCAGUAUUAUGCUACCGUGAAUGCGGGAGGGGAGAAUGAUACAGCUAACGAAAAUAUAAUGUGGUUAACAAUUGACAACAUACAAGAAAAAGAAUCUGCACCAAUUUCGGAACCUUCGGAGGUCCCUAAUAUGGUAGGCAGUGGAGUUUCAGUGGGAGCGGUUGUGAGCGAUACUGUUGGGGCUAGCAACUCAAGACAAUUGCAACGUAUCGUUUCCCGUUGUAAAUGCGAAUUCUUCUAUGCUGACUACGGUGACAUAAGCGUGGACCUAGAAGCCAUUGCUGAGAUUCCACCUCCACCUCAAGAAGAAGUUGGCCCGUGGGAGAGUAAACCUUCAGCUGUGGAUGCUUUCACUCUUAUGCAUCAUGAUUUGGAUGUGUGCACGAAUUCCUUACAGUAUGCUAUGUUAUUGGAUAUAGUGAAUAACCUGCUACUAUACGUGGAACCUACAAGAAAAGAAGCAUUGGAAAAACUUGCUAGAAUGCGAUUCAAGCUGCAACUACAGACUAUGGAAGAUCAGAGAAAACCGAUCCAGAAUAAGCAAAUGGAAGUAAGAACAUUGCAAAGCAAACUCCGAAGAUUGGAGAAAGAAAGCUAUCUUGUCAAUAAAGCUUUAGAAGAAAAUCCUGACGAGGAAGAAUUGAUCGAGUUGAGACAAGAUGCAGAGAGAUUGGAAAGGCUGAUGAACGAGUGUAAAAAUCAGCUGAAUACCCAAAGUGAAGAACUAGACUUGAUGCUUUCCUGUUACAAGGAAUCACAAUUGCUGGCAAAUGCUAGACUAGCAACUACAAGAAGUGAUAAACCAUUGACUAUAGUUAGAGCAAACGAAAUAUGUUUUAAACAUGCCCAGUGGAGAUUAACAGAGGCAGACGGUCAGAUCGGUAUUGCCGAUUUGGUUCUCAGCAACUUUUUAUAUACAAAGAAUUCAAAGAGUGACGAUUCUGUUGAACAUUUGCUGGAGUUAGGAUAUCUAAGGAUGACCAAUCUCCUCCCAAAUGAGAUCUACAAAGAAGUGCUGUGUCCUACUGAAAUUCAGUAUGACAUGCCCAUAGAACAUAAGAAAGUUCUGAGAGUGUUCUGUAGAGAACGUCCACCUGUGGGAGGUAUAUCAGUCAAGGAGCAUUUCGAAAUAAAUUUAGUUCCUUUGACUAUAGGGUUGACGAAAAAGUUCUACAAUACAAUGAUGAAGUUCUGUUUCCCUGAAAGAGAUGAGACUUCAGAUUAUAACGACAAGCCUACCGAAGAGGAGGUAGAACAGAAAGGGAAAAAGAUAAGGUCAAGAAGAAAUCGGGAUUCUAAUUUUUAUGUACAUAUAGAUGACGUAGAAAAGAUGAAGGAAAGAGCAGAGAAAAAUAAACUUUUUGUCUACAUAAAGAUUCCUGAAGUUCCAGUGAAAGUGAGCUAUAAAGGCAACAAAGAGAAAAAUUUAGAAGAUUUAAGAGACUAUUCGUUAGUUAUACCUACACUUGAAUAUCAUAAUAUGACGUGGACUUGGUUAGAUUGUUGAUGGCUAUCAGGAACGAUAGUAAAAGAGUAAUCCUGUCGCAGGCAAUCAAACAAAAGUUGCAAAUAAAGAGAAAUACAGGAUCAUUGGACGAUUGUUCUGCGCCGCAAGAAGAGGAUAAGGCAAGGAUGUUAUUUGGGAGCAGACAUGCCCCAGAAAACAGGAGUAUAAGAAAAGGAGUGAGUGGCGUUUUCAAAUUCGGUAAAUGACGAAAGCUCAAUAAAUUUUAAACACACAUGCUGUCAAUUUUUCCGAUCAUGUAUUAUGAGAUGUCCGAUAAAGUUUGUGAUGCAUAUCUUUAUAAGUAUUAUUCAGUGUUUGAAGGUAUUAGGUAUAAUUUAUUGAAAUGUGAUAGCACAUUAGAUCAAAUUUUUUGGAUUUUUGCAUAUUUAUUCAUAUACAUUUUAAACAUUAUUGUACAGUAAAAUAAAAGUAUUCA